AUGAGUCCCAGCUCGACUGCAACAAAGAAUCGCGGCCUAUGGCUCUCCUCGUUCGACAAACCUUUGGAGCUUGUUGAGCUCCCCGUUCCAGAGGCAACAGCUGGCUCAGUCGUCGUCAAGGUCCUCAACACGGUCGUGUUCCCUUACGCCGAGGACAUCCAUCAGGGGAGGCUGCCUGUCUUCAACCUUUCCCUUCCCCUGGUGCCGCAUCCAAGCCAUAUCGGCCGGGUACACGCCAUCGGAUCGGAUGCCGUCCUCGCCAAGCCCGGCGACCUCGUCUUCUUCUCGGCUCCCAUCUUUGCGCGGGACGACCCUGACGUCAGUAUCAUCCAGGGUCACCACGGCGGAGAGGGGCCAAGAGGCCGCAAGCUCAUGCAGGGAGAAUGGCGUGAUGGCGCCCUCCAGGAGUAUCAAAAGGUUCCGCUCGAGAACAUCUUUAUAUUGAACGAGGACCGGCUGUGCAAGCAGCUUGGUUACACGCCUGCGGAGCUUCACGAGAUUUCCUUUUACACCAUCUCUGCCGGAGCGUUAUGCGAAGCUGCCAACCUCCAGGCAGGCGAGACGAUUGCACUUGGACCGGCCACUGGAACCUUUGGCGGCGUCACCUCUGAUAUGGCACUCGCCCUGGGCGCCAAUGUCAUUGCCAUCGGCCGCAGUGAAAAAAACCUCGCCCGCCUGGCGGAGCAGCUCGGAAACCACGAGCGAUUCAGCUACGUUGUCAUGACUGGUGAUGAUGAAGUCGACGCGGCCGCGAUCCGGAAGGCUAGCCCCGAUGGGCGCGGCGUCGAGGUAUACAACGACUGGGCGUCGGGCACCCUGACGGGCUCCCCUUACUUCUCGGCUGCCAUACGCGCUGUGCGGCCAGAAGGGAGGGUCGUCCUCAGCGGCGCACCAUCUGGGUCCAUCUCGGUCCCGUACACGCUUGUGAUGCACCAAAACAUCAAGAUCAUUGGCAAAGUGAUAGUCUCAAGAGGAGGGAUAGACUCGACCAUCAAGAUGAUAAACUCGGGGGUUCUCAAGCUCGGCAAGCGUGGCGGAUCAAAACACAAGGUGUACACCUUGGAGGAGCAUCACGAGGCCUUCCAGGACGCGAAGCAGAACAGUGGUUUCAGAGUCUACACCAACAUUGCUCCUAACCCGUGGUAA